AUGUCAAAUGUCGGUCCCACAAAAUUCUGGAACAUAGGCUCAACUAUUCUCUACACAGACAGGAAGGAACUAUCACCAGAGCAGUGGGAAAGAGUGAUUGUGAACGAUUCAAGAAAUACUACCGUUCGAUUGAGCCAUCUACGUCAAGGAGCACGAUAUUCAGUACAAAUCAUUCCAAGACUGCUCAAUGGCAAUCCUGACUAUACCUCACGAUCACUAUUUGAAAUGAGAACUGAUAAACCCGUCGGUAUCAACCCAGCUGCACCUGGAGCCCUGGAUUAUCACUCUGGAAGUGUGAGUCACUACCGAGAACCGAGAAAUGUGGAGACAGAGCACAUGCGUAUUGUAAGCUGCAAUCCGGAUGCAAUUACGACUGGCUGCGAAUGGGAUGAGAUGUGCAUAACACGAGUUGAAGAUCCGGCUAAAGGAUGGUGCAUAUCCAUGGUGCUCCGAGACAGCAUACUAAACUCCUGA